GUGUGCGGAAAUUGUCUAUUUGACAAUAACCUACAAUCAUUUGUCACCAUCAUGCAGAUGAUGAAGAUGACACGCCCGUGAAGACGAGAAGACCAAUUCCAGGAAGUCUAAAUUCAAGAACUAUUCCUGAUGACGAACAUAACUUUCUUGUGAAGACUAGGGGACCAAUUCCAAAAGGUCUAAAUUCUAAAACUUAUCCUGGUGUGUUCAAGCUUGUACUGGUAACUCAUGAAGAGACUGAAUCAGGUAUUGCAGCCAAACCCGUACUUCAACAACAAGAAGUGGUACGUCUGUGCCACCAGAUAGCACCCAAAAAAGUAAAAGCAAAGGGCGAUCCAUCAAAGGUAGUACUUAGUGACCUUGACGAUAUUCAUUUGAAAAUAAUCGGCAUCUACGGCAAUGAUGAAGAAAUUAUGCAUUUCCUCUGUGAAGAUUGCAAUUUUAAAAAAUCAAUUUUUUGCUUGCAAGAAAAUGUGCGAGAAUAUCCUCGCGGUCUUUAUGCAUUUCUUGCUCAACCAAACAUUCUGUUUGUUUUGUUUUUGCAAAGACAAUUACGAGCCACAGCUUCAGGAAUUGACAAAAUUUCUGUACGAUUUCUUCGAUACUUACGAGAACUAUCUACCCACAUACACGUAGUUUUCAACUCUACUCAACUCAAAGAGUUAGAAAAACAAACUAAUUACGACGAAGAAGAAGACGAAUUUGCUUAUAAAAGAAGGCUAACACCACAGAAGAUGUUGAACAACGGCAACGAUGAUAUUAAGUUGCAAUUAGUGCCAGACUUUCAAUGCAAUUUACGGCAAUCCUUUCAUGCAUCAAAGUCAAGAGAUUUUAUAGCUUCAUACGGUCAUGAUGGAUACGCUAUUUUUCAAACCAAAACAUCUACGGCAUUACGACUGGAAUGCAAAAGACCAGCAGAUCGUGACGGAAACUCAAGUGAAUUCCAUCCCGUAGAAUCACCGGAGAUGGUAUCAGUUGAUCUUCCAUUGAAGUCUAAAGAACUAUUGUGUCUUAAUUGUACCUCUACACCACCUGAAAGACGUCUGAUAGCAGUUAUUCGAGAAAGUAAUAAGGACUGUGAUAAAGUUCUUGUAUUUGUUGGGUCGGUGAAUCCUAAACGUCUAAUUCGCACUUUCUCCAACAUUGUGCCAACUGCGUUUGCGUUUAGGAAUAAACGUGUCAGCUGGUAUGACAAAGAACGGAAGGAAGUUUGCGUUUUUGAAAUCGCUACUGAUUAUAGAGAAUUAAAAACCGUUCAUUCUAUCUCACUUCCACAGAUUUCAAAGAUAGAAGAAAUAGAAUUUCAAGAGUUUCUGAACGACGAACGACUUCUCAUUGUUGACUGUCGCUGUCGCGGAAGAAUAGCUGACGUAAACAAUAAGGAAGUUGUCAGAACACUAAAUUUACCAAAUGGUCUACUCGACGUUUGUAGCAUCUCAUCGACCCAAUUAGUAUGUGCUCACGCAGAUUCGUCUAGUCUCAGUUGCUCCGUUUUGCAAAUUCAAACAUCGGCCGUAGUCACGAUGAAAGCUACUAAGAUAGACAUGCCAAAUGCUCAUUUGCAAACAUUGAGAAUUAUCAAGUUACAAGGUCAUUGCUAUUUUACCGCAAUAGAUUCUCUCACUUCAAACUUAGUAUCGUGGAGAACGAUUGCAGCUAAUGAUGAACGAACUAAACAAGCUGGAAUGAAGUUUGCUAGCCCCGCAGACAUGCUGAGAGGAUUCCAAGCUAUCUUUGACGACUACUCUGUACGUCACUGUUACGAAACCUCCGUGAAACCUUUGUCAUUGUCGUUUCCGAUUAAUGAAAGCAGAAAGUCUUUUAUUUCCAGAGUCGAAUCAAGCAUGCAAGCACGAAUCCAGGCCUAUUUGCGUAAAACAAAAGAGACCUUGCACAAACAAGUAGACGAAAUCAAGCUAGAUAUCGUUGCUAUUAAUGCAGGCGAUGCAGUAAACUUGCAUCUGAACGUUGAAGCCGUAUCUCUUGGGAACUGGAUACGUCAGCUCAUUCCCACUGUUCCAGUACAGAUCGCUCGAAUUGAGAAUCAUUGUCUCGUACCGGUAAAAACCGAUGGAUCUAAACUUGUUGCAGAAAACGUUGCAACUCCUGAACAAUUGGUUCCAAAUAUGUCAUUUGGUUUGGUCGAAACACUUUUUGCAGACGCGGCACGAAAGCAACUGCCCAUAAAAGUAGUUUCUGCACAAGGAAAGCAAAGCACAGGCAAGAGCUAUUUCCUUAAUCAUCUUGCAGGUGCUCAUUUUGACACCUCUGGAUGGCGAUGUACCGAAGGUAUUUGGAUGUGCGCCAAGAUUUUUCCAAAUUUGCUUUUGGUUCUGUUUGAUUUCGAAGGCCGUAGCACUGAAGAACGGACGGUUCAAGAAGAUUGUCUACUGGCCAGUUUUGGGGCAGCUUUUAGUUCAGUCGUGAUUAUGAAAAACGAAAUGCGCAUGGAAUUGAACGACAUCAAUUUUCUAAGUAAAGCACUCAAAGAAGCAGCUCAGCGUCUUUCUACUGGAAACUCUCAAAGCAGGGCGUUGUUCAAUGGAACCUUGUGUGUUGUACUAAAAGAUGUAAGUCACCAUGAUCAGGAAGCGGCAGGUGAAGUAGAAGAGAAAAUUAAGACUCGUAUGUCUAGUGCAAUUCGAAACAUUUCUCGUGAGGAUUCUGAAAUAGUUGGCGACUCUGGCAAACUAAGAAAAGGACUGUUUCAUGACUGUGUUGUUAUUUGUCAGCGACCAUUGACUAAUAAGUACUUUUGUAGAGGUUUACAGGCAGUGAAGGAAGAAAUUGAUAACAAUUUACCUAUUUCUAUUCCUCAUAGCGAAAUGGUGAUUACCAUGAAAUCUGUUCUUGCCAAUUUACAUUUGAGAGGUGUUGUAAACGCCGAUGACACAUCAUACACUGUUCUAGAAGAGCGCCUUGAUCGACACAUGGAAAAUGCAGUUGCAUUUGGAGCCCUAGAACUUGCGAAUGAUGGUAAUGUAAUUGAACACCUUACCUCCUACGAAGGAAACUGUGCUGUUAUUGAAGACUGGAUAGAUUCACAACAUUUGGGUCUUAGAGACGCAGGACUACAUUUGUGCAUUUGGAAAACUGAUCAGGAAUCGACCGAGGCUAGCCGAAAGAUUUUGUCGGUAAAUGAGCAGCAACAACAAACUUUGUUGAAAGCAUAUCGUAAGAAAAAACCCAAGCGAGACAGGGACGACAACAAUUGGGUACUUAAUCUGCAAGCAUUCUACUUGGCAUUGAUUGAUAGACGAAUUAAAAGAAUUACGAAGUGGAUUAAUUUAAACCUUCCUGCUGGCAAGGAACUAAAGCGGCGAAAGCAACAAUAUUUGGAGUUAUGCUAUUCACGCUACUUUGAGCCUCUCCGAACUAUUUGGAAAAUUUGCAAAUCCGUUUGCAGCCAGAGAAAAGUUCUAGAUACUCAUUGUUUGCGGUUGUGUAUCAGACUUGUAGUUACAUGUCAAUGUGAUACUAAGGGUUGUGACCGCUGCCACUGCCUAGAGAAGAAUCACGUGUGCGACGAGAAAUGCGUUUACUGUCUACGCGGAAGAGAAUGCGAUUCGCAAAACCCCAAUCCUUGUGGAAUUGGAGCCAAACAUAAAGGCCAUCACAACUGUAAAAAACUAAAGCACUUAUGUAGUCAACCAUGUCGCAAACGAGAUAUAUCUUAUGGCUGUAAUAGAUACUGUCAAUACAGCAUUGUUGACAUUCACUCUGUUCACGAGUGCAAUGCUCAACACAAGUGUAUUGAAGAGUGCUCUGCUCCAGAUUGUAGUUCGCCUUGUAGUCUUGAUUUGGAACACGCUGUUACUGAUAGUGAUAAAGCACACGACUGCGGCAAAAAAGGCUGCUUAUUAAAAUGUCGCUUGGAGGGAUGCAAUUUGAUUUGCCAGGACAGCAACCACUACCAUGGCCUUGGCUAUGUUGCACACUUGUGUAGAAAAGUAAGGCAUCCCUGCGUUGGAUCUUUGUGCUCAGUACACGGUGGCCGCUGCAAGGACAAAAAAUGCUUUGAAAAGAAUCCAUGCUCUUUGCUAAUAGAAGGAAGAAAAUUAGAGCACGUCGGACCUCACUAUUGCGAAACAAAUCACAUCUGUGAUGAACAGUGUCCAUGUGGAUGCUUGGAAUAUUGCAUUAUAGAGUUAGAAUUCAAACAAAACGAAUCGACAGGUCAACGCGUGUUUCGUGAUCACAAAGGAGCUUGCACCACUAGUGCGCACAGCUUCUCCAAUCGUACGAAAGAACAGUUUCAAGAAACAAUCAAAAACUUGAGGCAGAACCUUAGCAAAGCUGUUCAAAUAGGAGCAAUGACAAUAAGAAACAAUGUUGUGACAGAGCACCUACACAGUUUUGAAGAACCUACAAACACCGUGGGUGAUACAGAUUAUCAGUUUCACGGAUUGCGCGACGCCGGAUUAAAGCUUUGUGACUGGUCGCAGGAAAAACCCGGAAGGUACAUAUUGGCAGUGUCGUCGUCCACAGCUAAGUUUUUAAUAAGGCAGUACAGAACAAGUUUUUCCACAAGUAGAAAAGGAAACGACAAUCUGUGGAUAGACAAAUGUCAAGACUUUCUCUAUUCUGUUAUUACUCGAAGGAUUGCUAGAGUAACAUCUUGGAUUGAAAUCAAUUUUCCUGUUAGAGAGCGUCUCAGCAGCCAGCUUCUAUUGAUGUUAGAUGAUCUUAUUGGAAUAUGUAGAACGCAGUACUUCCCUGCUUUAAUCAAUCAAUGGACGCUUUGUAGAAAUGUUUGCCAGCAAAAGACGGGAAAUUCGAAGCAAUGUCAACGAGAAUGCUUGCUUCUGAAAAGCAUUUGUUGCAAUGAGCGAUUGAAGAAUUGCCAGGAUUGCAACUGCUUAGAGAAAGAUCAUAGCUGCACAGAAAAAUGUGAAGCCUGUCUUAAAUCUUCUGCUGGUAAGUCUAAUCCUAAACUUUGCCACCUCGGAGCCGAGCACGAUAUUGGUGUGCCACACAGAUGUAACCAACGUAGCCACGAAUGUAAAGAAAAAUGCUCACAAUUGCAAGCAAGAAACUGCAUGAAAAAAUGCAACAUUUCUUUUGAAACUAAGCACGAUCGACAUCUUUGUGGCGCUGGUACCAAUCACAAAUGUACACAUGAAUGCUCUGCUUGCAGUGACGACUGUGAUCUCGAGUUUGAGCACGAUGGCACUUUGAGGGACACUUUACACAGAUGUGCUAAACUAAAGUGCACUGAGCCUUGCUAUGUAAGAGGCUGUGGUCGUCCAUGCGUGGAGGACCAUUUGCACUUUGUUAAAGCGCCCAAGUCACCUCAUUUCUGUGGCGAAGAACAUGUUUGUAUUGGUCAGUCUUGCUCUGUGAAAGAAGGACGUUGUCUAAAAGAUGGGACAGGUAAUGCGCCAUGCGCUGUACGCAUUCCAUCUAAACAGCAAUUUCACGAUGAAUCACAUUACUGCGGACUUGUUCACUACUGCAACCAGAAAUGUCCUUGUGGCUGCGAUGAAAUUUGUUCAAAAAAAUUGCAGAUUCAAGAAACCGCAACUAAUGAAAUUUAUUUUAAGAAACAUGUCGGUUUCUGCCAUACAGGAAGGCAUAUUUUUGCUGACUCACCAAUAACGGGACUCGAGCAGAUUCUGGAUGAAAUGAAAGCUACUAUCAGGCAAAAACUAGCAGUUACAGUUGAAGAAAUCUCAAACGGUUUGUCAGAAGCUUGUAGUUCAGCAGAAGUCUUUAUGGAGUGUCAGCUUGAGGGGAGUGGAGAAAUAUCUGAAAAACACGAGAGACCACAAGAGUCUACAAUUUGCUUGUGUGAAGUUAUUGAAGGACAAAAAACUGUUGUGGUUACACAUCAGCUACUAGUUCCUUUAAUUGCAGCAUUCAAGAAAAAAAAGAAUCGUGACACUGAAUCAGAAUUACUUUGGAAAGAAAAACUGGAAACCUACAUAAGUGAAAUCCUAGAAAAGCGUAUAGACAGUGUAAUGAAAUGGAUUGAAAAGAAUCUGCCCCAAAGUGAGUGUUUAAACUCCGAAGUUGUAACUUCGUCGCUGAAUGAAUUCAAAGAGUGCUGCGGCGUUGAGAUAUUUGACCGUCUUCGAAACCAAUGGAAAUUGUGUUCUCAAUUGUGCUCCCAACGUGAAAACGAGUGCGAAAGAUGUCAAAGAACCUGCCUAAAACUUGCAAUUGAAUGUGCUGCUAGUGCUACAGGAAAAGCCUGUGACUGUCUUGAAGGCGAUCAUCGAUGUAGAGAAGACUGUUUACUUUGUGUAGUAGCGUUUGGCCUGCAAAGCAAAAGGAAGUCAUUAGAGAGUCGGUGUCGACUUGGAGCAAGGCACGAUGACCAGCAUCGUUGCUUCAAGACAGAGCAUCCAUGUCCAGAAAAGUGCACGAAGCUUAUGGCACGAGGUUGCUUAGGAGAUUGCUCAUACAAACUCGAAAACCAUCCAGAAGAAUUGCAUCUCUGUAGCUCAGGGUAUAAUCACAAAUGCACAGAGUUUUGUUCAGCUGAAAAAGUUGGAUGCAACAAGCAGUGCGACAGAGAAUUCGAACACCAGCUCAUGCAAAACGGCGACUUACAUUUCUGUGGUGAACGGCAAUGCUCUCAAAAGUGCAGAUAUGCUGGAUGUUCGCGUCGCUGUGCAAAUGAAGAUCAUUUACAUGAUCUAAAUAACCGUGACAGUCAUCUAUGCGAUAAGCAAGACCACGACUGCAAUAAGUCUUGCAACGUGCAAGGUGGUCGCUGUCCAGGUCGCAAUGACGUGUCCGCGAAUCCUUGUGUUGUAUCCGUUAACAGUACUGAAAUAUUGCACGAAGGUCCCCAUUAUUGCGGUCAGAUUCACUUUUGCAACAACCGCUGUCCCUGUUGUGAUGCAUUUUGCAACAAAAGAUUAGUUCCCGGCAAAGAUAAGCUACAACACAUCACUGAAUUCAAAGACCACGAAGGUCUUUGCAAUACCGACGCACACCAAACAGCCAAGAAGUUAACUAUUGAAAACUCAUUAGGUUAUACUGAAGCAUCCAGUGAGGGAGAAUGGUGUGGAAACGUCUGCCUUCGACUAGGAAGAGGCCAUCUCCAUCUUGUUCCAUGCAAAUCAGAUAAGAACAUCUGCACUGGUCAUCACACUGUGGACGCAGGCGGUCAGCGUCUAGAUCAAGUGCUUCAUAGAACCUUUUGGAAAGAUUUUUCUAAAUUUGAAGAUCCCUGCAAAGACGAACAGCAGCAAGAAAUUUUUAGUAUGUGCCCAAGGUACUGCUCGUCAAAAGAAGAAAGCGAAAUGCAAACAAACAGUGAAAGCUUUUGUCAAGGAAAGCUUUGGCACCACGACUUUAUUGAAGAUGCCGAUGCGUCCGCCCAUGUCAUUGAUGGGCAUCAGUUUGAUUGUCGUCACUACAAGCACGUAAUUGUAGUAACAGAUUGUUCAAGGUCAAUGCAAAAAUCUGCGCAGGAACAUGCACAGCUCGCGAAACGUCGUCGUUUGGAUAUGGUAAAAGACGCUGCAAUAGAAUUUCUGAAACAACUGAAACAAUCAUCAAACACUUGUAUAGCUUCAGUCAUAAUUUUCUCAAACUCUGCAGAAGUUACCAUAAACAGCGCGGACUUAGAAACUGCUAUCAAAAAGCUGACUACUACUGAGUGGAUUGCAGUUGGAACCGGAACACGGUAUAUUCCUGCUAUUAAUGAAGUAGAGUCGAUCCUAAGAUCUCAUCAGCAAAGUUCAAUGACACGAGGUGAUACUUAUUAUGAACCAGCAAUCUUUUUCCUGAGCGAUGGCGAGACGUCUGAAAAAGGUACAGACAUUGCGGCUAAACAGAUAGUCGAACAAUACAACGCUACAUUUAGCACGUGCCUUUUUGGGCGUAACAACGGUCAAGCUGAACAGAAAUUGCAACAAAUGGCAAAGAAAGGACGUGGAAAAUUCUAUCGAGCUCCUACAGGUAAUGACUUGAAAGAUAAUCUCUUUGAUUUUAAAGCGUUUCUUUACAAAACUCGAACUAUCAGUGGAUACUAAUAACUGAUAGCAGAUAGUACUAAUAGUACUAGAACGAAGAGUAAAGACUGCAUGAAUAUAGAGCUAUUCAGCUGAGCGUUCGGCGAUAUAUUGUUUACAAUCUGAAAUGUAAUUUGCUGGCAUAGUCACUCAUUGUGUCUGCACGUUGCAAUUUGGGCUUGUCAGUUGUCGCUGUUUUGUUAUGUUACACAUGGUUUUUAAUUAACAUAGCUGACACUGAUGUUUGUAAUAGAUGUGUAAAGACUU